AUGGCCGUGUACGGCUCCGGCGGCCCCGCGGGCGGCCCCGGCGGCGGCGGCAAGCAGGAGCAGCAGUGGUGCCUCGACCAGGCCCACUACUACUGCAACCGGGGCAACACGCUCGAGGAGAGCGGCAAGAUCGACGCGGCGAUCCGCGCGUACCGCGCGGCGAUCACGUACCACUCCGAGUACCCGGACGCGCACUACAACCUGGGCAUCGCGCUCAAGAACCGGGGCUACGUCGAGGAGGCCAUCCGCGAGUACCGGCGCACGAUCACGAUCAAGCCGGGCCACGCCGACGCCCACAACAACCUCGGCGUCGCGCUCGAGGAGAAGGGCUACGUCGACGAGGCGAUUUUAGCAUAUGCAAAGGCCAUCGAGCACAACUCGCAGCACUCCGAGGCCCACUGCAAUUUGGCCGACUCGCUCCAGUCCGUGGGCCGCCUCGACGAGGCCGUCAAGGAGUACCACAUCGCCAUCGCGCAGAACCCGGGCGACGCGGACACGAUCAACAACCUCGGCGUCGCCCUCGAGGCCAAGGGCCAGCUCAAGGAGGCCAUUUUGGCCUACUCGACGGCCGUGGCCAACAAGCCCGAGCACUGGGACGCCCAGUGCAAUUUAGCGGACGCGCUCCACCUCCGCGGCGAUUUGGACAAGGCCGCGGAGGUCUACAAGUUCAUCCUCAAGUACAACCCGACGAACGCGCAGAUCGCGUCGAGCCUCGGCAACGUGCUCCACGCCAAGGGCAACCACGCCGAGGCCCUGGCCGCCUACGAGGUGGCCGUGAAGAACAACCCGCUCGACACGAUCACGCACAACAACAUGGGCAUCGUGCUCCAGACCAUGGGCGAGGUGCGCCGGGCCAUCGCCGCCUACCAGGGCGCCCUCCGCCAGGACCCGACCUACGCCAUCGCCCACUACAACCUCGGCGUCGCGCUCCAGUCGCAGCAGCGUUUGGACGAGGCCAUCGCCGCGUACCGCACGGCCGUCAAGCACCGCCCCGCGUACGCGGACGCCUACAACAACAUGGGCUACGCGCUCCAGUCCAAGGGCGACUACGGCGCGGCCAUCGCCGCCUACGAGGAGGCCAUCAAGCUCCGGCCCGACUUCACGUCCGCGCAGGCGAACCUCAAGCACGCGCUCAACAAGCUCGACGGCGGCACGGCCAAGACCAUCGACCUCAUCGUGAGCUCCGAGGACCAGAGCGACCGCGGCGCGGCUUCCGCGGCGCGGGCGCCGCGCCCGAACGGCGCGCCGCGGCCGCCCGCGGCGCCGCGGCCGCCGGCGUCGCGCGUCGCCGACGACCGCGUCGCGCCGCCCAAGGCCGAGGCCCCGGAGCACCACGCCAAGCCCGCGCAGCACAAGGCGAAGGCCCACGCGCUCCACAAGGAGAAGCAGCCGGACAAGAAGGACAAGGCCAAGGGCUCGUUCUUCGGCGGCAUGUUCUCCGCGUCGUGGCUCUAG